AUGUACUUCCGCACCCUGUUCGUGUCUGCUAUCGUCGCGGCUAUCGCCACCACCGCGAACGCUGAUCCCAUCCGUAAGCGUGCUGAGCCCAGCUGGGCCGGCGAUGCCAGCGGCGCCCUCAAGGCAGCCAACAGCUACGCCACCCAGUACGCCCCGAGCGGCGACUCCUCGGUCCUGAGCCAGGCCAACAGCUGGGCGACCGCCUGGCUCGGCAGCAUCAACGGCCAGGCCCACAGCGCUCCCCCGCCCCAGGCCGCGCCCACCGACGGCGUCAAGGCUGCGCCGGCGUAA